UAUGCUCAUGAAUUUGUCAUCUGACGCACCGUGAGGCUAGAAACACGCAGACCAUAUUACAGUUGUUUUGUUUUAAUUGUCUACACUGCAAUAGUCAAAGACCUGCGGUUUUUAUCAGUCGUCUUAAUUCAUUUUCACACUGCAACAUUCUGCCGCACUUCCUCCAGCAACUACCAAACGUCAUAUUUCUGCGCCUGUGUUUUGGAAAGUGUAUGGGUAGAUAGACGUUUGCGCACGGUUUGAAACUCGAAAGCUCAGCCGCCAUGGUGGUGUUCCCCAGCUCCCUUACCGAGGAAGAGGAGUCCCUGCAGAAGAAAUAUGCCAAGCUAAAGAAGAAGAAAAAGGCUCUCAUGGCUCUAAAGAAGCAAAGCUCUACCAGUCAGACAAGUCAGAGUGGACUCAAACGCACUCUCUCUGACCAGCCCGUGUUAGACACAGCCACUGCUACAGAGCAGGCUAAGAUGCUCAUCAAGUCUGGAGCCAUCAGCGCAAUCAAGUCUGAGAACAAGAACUCCGGCUUCAAGCGCUCCAGGACCCUGGAAGGCAAACUAAAGGAUCCAGAGAAAGGCCCUGUCCCUGCAUUCCUUCCCUUUCAAAGGAGCAUCUCUACCGAUGAGGAGAUCCCAGAGUCAGGGAAAAGGGCCCAUCGGAAGUCUCUCUAUGAGAGCUUUGUGAGCUCUGGAGACCGUUCUCGUGACGAUGAGGAUGGGGGCGGGUCGACCUCCAGCCGGGACGCAGAGAGGGAUCGGGAUCGGGAUCGUGACCGCGACCGCGACCGGGAGAGAGAACGGGAAAGGGAGAAAGAUCGGGAGCGUGACAGGGGCAGAGACCGCGAUCGGGAACGGGAACGGGAUCGAGAUCGGGAACGCGAGAGGAGCCGGGAUCGAGACAGAGACAGAGACAGAGAGAGGGACCGCGACAGGGAACGGGACCGCGAACGGGAGCGCGAACGAGACGCACCAUUCCGCAGGUCAGACUCGUACCCAGAGCGGAGGGGGGUGAGGAAAGGGAACACUGUUUAUGUGUACGGCGCCGCCCUGGUGGAGGACAGCCUGCGCGCGGCCUUCUCUGCGCACGGCACCAUCAUCGACCUGAGCAUGGACUCCCCGCGCAAUUGUGCCUUCAUCACGUUUGAGAAGAUGGAGUCCGCUGACCAGGCCGUUGCGGAGCUGAACGGCAGCACGGUGGGCGACGUGGUAGUGAGAGUCAGCAUCGCCAGGAAACAGCCCAUGCUGGAGGCCGCCACCGGCACGUCCGUCUGGGCAUCGCUGGCUGUACAGAACAGUGUGAAAGGCUCCUACAGGGACAAACGAAACCAGGUGGUGUACAAUGAAGACCCUUUCUGACGAGGAAGAGCUACAAAAGUACAUAGUUCACAGAAAUUUGUAUUAGCAAUGAAACUUUUGGGGUUUUUUUUUUACUUUUAAUUUUGCAAGCAUUUUAAGAUUGUGGGCACGGUGAGACGUAGCCUGUGGCUGCCCUCCCCGUAUAUUUGCCUGCACUUUAGUUUAGUGAAAAAAUUAUGCAAAUAAAAAA